AUGGUCAAAGCUGUUGUUGCUGGUGCCUCUGGCGGCAUUGGUCAGCCUCUUUCUCUCCUCCUUAAGACCAGCCCUCUCAUUGAUGAGCUCGCCCUCUACGAUGUUGUCAACACCCCCGGUGUUGCUGCCGACCUUUCCCACAUCUCUUCCCAGGCUAAGCUCACUGGCUACCUGCCCGCCAACGAUGGCGCAAAGGCCGCCUUCAAGGAUGCUGACAUUAUCGUCAUUCCUGCUGGCAUUCCCCGCAAGCCUGGUAUGACUCGUGAUGACCUCUUCAACAUCAAUGCUGGCAUUGUCAAGGGUCUCAUCGAGGUCGCCGCCGAGGUUGCCCCCAAGGCCUUCAUUCUCGUCAUUUCCAACCCCGUCAACUCGACCGUCCCCAUCUCGGCCGAGGUCCUCAAGGCCAAGGGUGUCUUCAACCCUCAGCGCCUCUUUGGUGUCACCACUCUCGACAUUGUCCGUGCCGAGACCUUUGUUGCCGAGAUUGUUGGCGAGAAGCAGCCCCAGAAGCUGACCAUCCCCGUCAUUGGUGGCCACUCUGGCGAGACCAUUGUUCCCCUCUUCAGCAAGGCUUCUCCUUCCGUCAACAUCCCUACUGACAAGUACGACGCUCUUGUCAACCGCGUCCAGUUCGGUGGCGAUGAGGUCGUCAAGGCCAAGGACGGCGCUGGCUCUGCCACUCUCUCCAUGGCUUACGCCGGUUUCCGCUUCGCUGAAAAGGUCCUUAGAGCCGUCAAGGGUGACAAGGGUCUCGUUGAGCCUAGCUACGUCUACCUCCCCGGUGUCCCCGGUGGUGAUGCUGUUGCCAAGGCCACUGGCUGCGACUUCUUCUCGGUCCCCAUCGAGCUCGGCCCUAACGGUGCUGAGAAGGCCACCAACCCUCUGGAGGGUAUUACCGAUAAGGAGAAGGCUCUGCUGGCAAAGGCCGUUGAGGGUCUCAAGGACAACAUUGCCAAGGGUGUUCAGUUUGCCCACAACCCUCCCCAAAAGUAA